UUUUGUUUUGUUUUGUUUUUACACAGGUUUAUCCAGCAUCCAAAAAACUUUGGACUAAUUGCAUCCUACUUGGAAAGGAAGAGUGUUCCUGAUUGUGUUUUAUAUUACUACUUAACCAAGAAAAAUGAGAAUUAUAAAGCCCUAGUAAGACGGAAUUAUGGAAAACGCAGAGGAAGAAACCAGCAGCAAAUUGCCCGACCCUCACAAGAAGAAAAAGUAGAAGAAAAAGAAGAAGAUAAAGCAGAAAAAACAGAAAAAAAAGAAGAGGAAAAAAAAGAUGAAGAAGAAAAAGAUGAAAAAGAAGACUCUAAGGAAAAUAUCAAGGAAAAGGAGAAGGCAGAAGGUACAGCUGAAGAAACUGAGGAAAGAGAGCAGGCCAUCCCCCGAGGGCGAAAGACCGCCAAUAGCCAGGGUCGCAGAAAAGGUCGGAUCACCAGGUCCAUGACAAGUGAAGCCGCGGCGGCCAGUGCUGCAGCUGCAGCGGCCACUGAGGAGCCCCCCCCACCUCUGCCACCGCCGCCAGAACCCAUUUCUACAGAGCCUGUAGAAACCUCUCGAUGGACAGAAGAAGAAAUGGAAGUUGCUAAAAAAGGUCUAGUAGAACAUGGUCGUAACUGGGCAGCAAUUGCCAAAAUGGUGGGAACUAAAAGUGAAGCUCAAUGUAAAAAUUUCUAUUUUAACUAUAAAAGGCGACAUAAUCUUGACAACCUUUUGCAGCAGCAUAAACAGAAAACUUCACGAAAACCUCGUGAAGAGCGAGAUGUGUCUCAGUGUGAAAGUGUAGCUUCCACUGUUUCUGCUCAGGAGGAUGAAGAUAUUGAAGCCUCCAAUGAGGAAGAAAAUCCAGAAGACAGUGAAGGUGCUGAAAAUAGUUCUGAUACAGAAAGUGCUCCUUCUCCUUCACCAGUUGAAGCUGUCAAACCCAGGGAAGAUAGCACUGAAAAUGCGACUUCUCGAGGAAACCCUGAACCUGUGUCUGAGCUUGAGCCCACCCCUGGCACUGCUCCUAGUGCAUCUCCCUCUUCAGCACUUGCAUCUACAAAGCCAGCUGAAAAUGAAAGUGUGCAGACCCAGGCGAAUGACAGCGUCACUACUGAGACAAUAGAGCCAAUGGACAUCCAACAUCAGGAGCGCAGUGCUGAAGUGACUUCUGUUGUUGAUCUCCCCACAACUACCAAAGCAGACUCUGUAGAUGUUGAAAUGAGGGUGCCAGAAAACAGUCCAUCUCAAGUUGAAGGUGAUACCAAAGAAAGAGACCUGGAGAGAGCCAGCGAGAAGGCAGAGCCUAGAGAUGAAGAUUUGGUGGUAGCUCAGCAAAUAAAUGUCCAAAGGCCUGAGCCUCAGUCAGACAAUGAUUCCAGUGCCACCUGCAGUGCUGAUGAAGAUGUUGAUGGAGAACCAGAGAGACAGAGAAUGUUUUCUAUGGACUCAAAGCCUUCACUGUUAAACCCCACUGGUUCUAUACUGGUCUCAUCCCCAAUAAAACCAAAACCACUGGACCUGCCACAGCUUCAGCAUCGAGCUGCUGUUAUCCCACCAAUGGUUUCCUGUACCCCGUGUAAUAUACCAAUUGGAACCCCGGUGAGCGGCUAUGCCCUCUACCAGCGACACAUUAAAGCAAUGCAUGAGUCAGCACUCCUGGAAGAGCAGCGGCAGAGGCAAGAACAGAUAGAUUUGGAAUGCAGAAGUUCUACAAGUCCAUGUGGCACCUCCAAGAGUCCAAACAGAGAAUGGGAAGGAAAAUCAGUCGCCUAUAUGCCUUAUGCUGAGGUCAGACGUGCUCUAGAACAGGAAGCACAGAUGUACAAUACCGCAGCAAGGUCAGCAUCACCGUGUAGGCUCUCUCCGAGAGAAGUCAGUAAAGCCGCUCCACAGCCCGAUAUGAGUUCAGCCCGCUAUAGUGUCCCGCCAGUCCUCCAGCCUGCUCCACAUCAAGUGAUAACUAAUCUUCCCGAAGGGGUUCGCCUUCCAACAACUCGACCCACUAGGCCACCUCCUCCUCUCAUCCCAUCAUCCAAAACCACAGUGGCUUCAGAAAAACCAUCUUUUAUUCUGGGAGGCUCCAUCUCGCAGGGAACACCCGGCACUUAUUUGACUUCUCAUAAUCAAGCUUCCUACACUCAAGAAGCAGCUAAGCCCUCUGUGGGCUCUAUCUCUCUUGGACUGCCACGGCCACAGGAAUCUGCCAAAUCAGCUACUGUGCCCUAUAUCAAGCAGGAAGAAUUUUCUCCCCGAAGCCAAAACUCACAACCUGAGGGUUUAUUGGUCAGGGCACAACAUGAAGGAGUGGUCAGAGGUACUGCAGGAGCCAUUCAAGAAGGAAGUAUAACUCGGGGCACUCCAACCAGCAAAAUUUCCGUGGAAAGCAUCCCAUCCCUACGGGGUUCUAUCACUCAGGGUACCCCAGCUCUGUCCCAGGCUGGCAUACCAACUGAGGCUUUGGUGAAGGGAUCCAUUUCUAGAAUACCCAUUGAAGAAAACAGUCCUGAGAAAGGCAGAGAGGAAGCUGCAUCCAAAGGCCAUGUUAUUUAUGAAGGCAAAAGUGGACAUAUCUUAUCUUAUGAUAAUAUUAAGAAUGCCCGAGAAGGGACAAGGAGUCCAAGAACAGCUCAUGAAAUCGGUUUAAAAAGAAGCUAUGAAUCAGUGGAAGGAAAUAUAAAGCAAGGGUUGUCAAUGAGGGAGUCUCCUGUAUCAGCACCAUUAGAAGGGCUUAUAUGCCGAGCAUUACCCAGAGGGAGCCCUCAUUCUGAUCUCAAGGAAAGGACCGUGCUGUCUGGUUCGAUAAUGCAGGGCACACCAAGAGCCACAACUGAAAGCUUUGAAGAUGGCCUUAAAUAUCCCAAACAGAUUAAAAGGGAGAGUCCUCCCAUACGAGCAUUUGAAGGUGCCAUUACCAAAGGAAAACCAUAUGAUGGCAUUACCACCAUCAAAGAAAUGGGGCGUUCCAUUCAUGAGAUUCCACGGCAAGAUAUUUUAACUCAGGAAAGCAGAAAAACUCCAGAAGUAGUCCAGAGCUCGAGGCCAAUAAUUGAGGGUUCCAUCUCCCAGGGUACACCAAUAAAGUAUGACAGCAACUCGGGUCAGUCUGCCAUCAAACACAAUGUCAAAUCCUUAAUCACGGGGUCAACCAAAGUAUCCCGUGUAAUGCCUCCACUAGAAAUUGUGCCAGAGAACAUAAAAGUGGUAGAACGGGGGAAAUACGAGGAUGUGAAAGCAGGCGAGCCAGUGCGUUCCCGGCACACCUCGGUGGUAAGCUCUGGCCCCUCAGUUCUUAGGUCAACACUUCAUGAAGCUCCCAAAGCACAGCUGAGCCCGGGGAUUUAUGACGACGCCAGUGCCCGGCGCACACCUGUGAGUUAUCAAAGCUCCAUGUCCAGAGGCUCACCCAUGAUGAGCAGAGCUUCUGAUGCUACGAUUUGUUCUGGCAAGUCUACCAAUCAUGAAAGAAAAUCGACACUGACCCCUACCCAGAGGGAAAGCAUACCAGCAAAGUCUCCAGUACCUGGUGUGGACCCUGUAGUAAGCCACAGUCCUUUUGAUCCCCAUCAUAGGGGCAGCACCGCAGGAGAGGUUUAUCGGAGCCAUCUUCCCACACAUUUGGAUCCAGCCAUGCCGUUUCACAGGGCUCUGGAUCCCGCAGCUGCUGCUUACCUGUUUCAGAGACAGCUUUCACCAACUCCAGGUUACCCAAGUCAAUAUCAGCUUUAUGCAAUGGAGAACACAAGACAGACAAUCCUCAAUGAUUACAUUACCUCACAGCAGAUGCAAGUGAACUUGCGCCCAGAUGUGGCCAGAGGACUCUCCCCACGAGAGCAGCAGCUGGGGCUCCCAUACCCAGCAACAAGGGGAAUCAUUGACCUGACCAAUAUGCCUCCAACAAUUUUAGUGCCUCAUCCUGGGGGAACAAGUACUCCUCCCAUGGACAGAAUCACUUAUAUUCCUGGUACACAGAUUACUUUCCCUCCCAGGCCAUACAACUCUGCUUCUAUGUCUCCAGGACACUCAACACACCUUGCAGCAGCUGCAAGUGCUGAAAGAGAACGGGAAAGAGAGCGGGAGAAGGAACGGGAACGGAUUGCUGCGGCUUCCUCAGACCUCUACCUACGGCAAGGCUCAGAACAGCCUGGUCGACCUGGCAGUCAUGGAUAUGUUCGCUCCCCAUCCCCUUCAGUAAGAGUUCAGGAGACCAUGUUGCCCCAAAGACCCAGCGUUUUCCAGGGAACCAAUGGAACCAGUGUAAUUACACCUUUGGAUCCAAGUGCUCAGCUACGAAUCAUGCCGCUGCCUGCUGGGGGCCCUUCAAUAAGCCAAGGCCUGCCAGCCUCGCGUUACAACACGGCUGCAGAUGCCCUGGCUGCUCUUGUGGAUGCCGCAGCUUCUGCUCCCCAGAUGGAUGUUUCCAAAACAAAAGAGAGUAAGCAUGAAGCUGCCAGGUUAGAAGAAAAUUUGAGAAGCAGGUCAGCAGCAGUUAGUGAACAGCAGCAGCUAGAGCAGAAAACCCUGGAGGUGGAGAAGAGAUCUGUUCAGUGUCUGUACACUUCUUCAGCCUUUCCAAGUGGCAAGCCCCAGCCUCAUUCUUCAGUAGUUUAUUCUGAGGCUGGGAAAGAUAAAGGGCCUCCUCCAAAAUCCAGAUAUGAGGAAGAGCUAAGGACCCGAGGGAAGACUACCAUUACUGCAGCUAACUUCAUAGACGUGAUCAUCACCCGGCAAAUUGCCUCGGACAAGGAUGCAAGGGAACGUGGCUCUCAAAGUUCAGACUCUUCUAGUAGCUUAUCUUCUCAUCGGUAUGAAACACCUAGCGAUGCUAUUGAGGUGAUAAGCCCUGCCAGUUCACCUGCACCACCCCAGGAGAAACUACAAGCCUACCAACCAGAGGUUGUUAAGGCAAAUCAAGCAGAAAAUGAAGCCACCAGACAGUACGAAGGACCAUUACAUCACUUCCGACCACAGCAGGAAUCACCGUCUCCACAACAGCAGCUGCCGCCUUCUUCACAGGCCGAGGGCGUGGGGCAGGUGCCCCGGACCCACCGACUGAUCACACUUGCUGAUCAUAUCUGUCAAAUUAUCACACAAGAUUUUGCUAGAAAUCAAGUUUCCUCACAGCCUCCCCAGCAGCCUCCCACUUCAACAUUCCAAAAUUCACCAUCUGCUUUGGUGUCUACACCUGUGAGGACUAAAACAUCAAAUCGUUACAGCCCAGAAUCCCAGUCUCAAUCUGUCCACCAUCAGAGACCAGGUUCAAGGGUCUCUCCAGAAAAUCUUGUGGACAAAUCCAGGGGAAGGCCUGGAAAAUCGCCAGAGAGGAGUCAUGUCUCUUCAGAGCCCUAUGAGCCCAUCUCCCCACCCCAGGUUCCAGUUGUACAUGAGAAACAGGACAGCAUGCUGCUCCUGUCUCAGAGAGGAGCAGAGCCUGCAGAACAGAGGAAUGAUUCCCGCUCACCAGGGAGUAUAAACUACUUGCCUUCAUUCUUCACCAAGCUAGAAAACACGUCACCCAUGGUUAAAUCAAAGAAGCAGGAGAUUUUUCGUAAGUUGAACUCCUCUGGUGGAGGUGACUCCGAUAUGGCAGCUGCUCAGCCAGGAACUGAGAUCUUUAACCUGCCAGCAGUCACUACUUCAGGCUCAGUUAGCUCUAGAGGUCAUUCUUUUGCUGAUCCUGCCAGUAAUCUCGGUCUAGAAGACAUCAUCAGGAAGGCUCUCAUGGGAAGCUUUGAUGACAAGGUUGAGGAUCAUGGCGUUGUCAUGUCCCAGCCUGUGGGAGUAGUGCCUGGUGGUGCCAACACCUCAGUUGUGACCAGUGGUGAGACACGGAGAGAAGAAGGGGACCCAUCACCUCAUUCAGGAGUUUGCAAAUCAAAGCUGAUCAACAAGUCAAACAGCAGGAAAUCUAAAUCUCCUAUCCCUGGGCAAGGCUACUUGGGAACUGAGCGGCCCUCUUCAGUCUCGUCUGUACAUUCAGAAGGGGAUUACCACAGGCAGACGCCAGGGUGGACCUGGGAAGACAGGCCCUCUUCAACAGGCUCGACUCAGUUUCCUUAUAAUCCUCUGACUAUGCGGAUGCUCAGCAGUACACCACCAACACCGAUUGCAUGCGCCCCCUCUUCUGUGAACCAAGCAGCUCCUCACCAACAGAACAGGAUUUGGGAGCGAGAGCCUGCCCCGCUGCUCUCCGCACAAUACGAGACACUGUCGGAUAGUGAUGACUGAGCUACACAGAAAAGGGAUCUGGGUGGGGCCAGGUUCUUGGGGAGGGAUCUCUAGUUUUUGGUGGUUUUAUUUGUAAUUGCAGGUCAAAAACCUGCCUUCCUAUGAUUUAUGUCCAGAGACUUUUCAGGAGAGCCUGGAUCAUGGAUGAUGAAGAAAUGAUGGAAAGGGGG